GGCGGGGCGGGGAGGCGCCGGAGCGCGCUGGUGCUGAUGCAGGAUGGCUGAGCUCGCAGGAGCCCGGGAGGUCUGAGCCGGGAGAGGCUUGCUCCCUGCGCAUCGCCUCGUCCGCCCGCCGCGUGGUCCUGGGCAGGUGGUCCCGGGACGCAGCGCAGGGCCAGGGCAGGGCCAGGGAAGGCAGGUGUGCAGCCGGACGGGCCAAAGGUUGAUAGACUGCCCACCCACCAGGUCUCGGAGCGGCCAGAGCUGCCCAGCCCGCCGAGUUCGCGAUGACCUGCUGAGAAGCUUCGUCGGAGGCUGCGGGAGGCGGCCUCGUUGCGGGCGGUGCGGUUCUCGACCACCUCCCUAGUUGUGCGGAUCCCCGUCCCCCCGCCCAUCCCCGCGCCCCUUCCCUCUGCCGCCGGCAGAGAUGGCGGAUCCAGCCGAAUGCAGCAUCAAAGUGAUGUGCCGGUUCCGGCCACUCAACGAAGCUGAGAUCCUCCGCGGGGACAAAUUCAUCCCCAAAUUUAAAGGCGAUGAGACCGUGGUGAUCGGGGUAAGAAAGCCAUAUGUCUUCGACAGAGUGCUGCCUCCCACCACGACCCAAGAGCAGGUUUACAACGCGUGUGCAAAGCAAAUUGUCAAAGAUGUCCUUGAGGGUUAUAAUGGGACAAUUUUUGCGUAUGGACAGACAUCAUCAGGAAAAACGCACACCAUGGAGGGGAAGCUACAUGACCCUCAACUCAUGGGCAUCAUCCCAAGGAUCGCACACGACAUCUUUGACCACAUCUAUUCCAUGGACGAGAACCUGGAGUUCCACAUCAAGGUUUCCUAUUUUGAAAUCUACCUGGACAAAAUCAGGGACUUACUCGAUGUAUCCAAGACAAACUUGGCUGUUCAUGAAGAUAAAAACAGAGUCCCGUACGUAAAGGGGUGCACCGAGCGGUUUGUGUCAAGCCCCGAGGAGGUCAUGGACGUGAUAGAUGAAGGCAAAGCAAACCGCCACGUGGCUGUAACGAACAUGAAUGAACACAGCUCUAGAAGUCACAGUAUCUUCCUGAUUAAUAUUAAACAAGAGAAUGUAGAGACUGAAAAAAAACUCAGUGGGAAGCUGUAUCUAGUUGAUUUGGCUGGGAGCGAAAAGGUCAGCAAAACUGGUGCCGAGGGAGCUGUUCUCGACGAAGCUAAAAAUAUCAAUAAGUCUUUGUCUGCUCUUGGAAACGUGAUCUCUGCCUUGGCAGAAGGGACAAAAACACACGUGCCAUACCGGGACAGCAAGAUGACUCGGAUUCUUCAGGACUCUCUGGGCGGGAACUGUAGAACCACCAUCGUUAUUUGCUGUUCUCCCUCGGUAUUCAAUGAAGCUGAGACCAAGUCAACGCUAAUGUUUGGACAAAGGGCUAAGACCAUCAAGAAUACAGUCUCUGUGAACCUGGAGCUGACAGCGGAAGAAUGGAAGAAGAAAUAUGAAAAAGAGAAAGAGAAAAACAAGACUUUGAAGAAUGUUCUCCAGCAUCUGGAGAUGGAGCUAAACAGGUGGAGAAAUGGAGAAGCUGUGCCUGAGGAUGAACAGAUCAGUGCUAAGGACCAGAAGUCCCUGGAGCCCUGUGAUAACACCCCCGUCAUAGACAACAUUGUUCCUGUGGUUGCUGGCAUCUCUGCAGAGGAGAAGUAUGAUGAGGAGAUCUCCAGCCUCUACCGACAACUGGAUGAUAAGGAUGAUGAAAUUAACCAGCAGAGCCAGCUGGCUGAAAAGCUAAAGCAACAGAUGUUGGAUCAGGAUGAGCUUUUAGCUUCUACAAGAAGAGACUAUGAGAAGAUUCAGGAGGAGCUGACACGUCUCCAGAUUGAAAAUGAGGCAGCCAAAGAUGAGGUGAAAGAAGUUCUCCAGGCCCUGGAGGAGCUGGCUGUCAAUUACGACCAGAAGUCACAGGAAGUGGAGGACAAGACCAGGGCCAAUGAGCAGCUGACAGAUGAGCUGGCCCAGAAAACGACUACAUUGACAACCACACAAAGAGAGCUGAGCCAGCUGCAAGAGCUUAGCAAUCACCAGAAAAAGAGGGCUACUGAGAUCCUGAAUUUGCUGCUGAAGGAUCUGGGGGAGAUAGGAGGAAUUAUUGGCACCAAUGAUGUGAAGACUCCUAAUGUGAAUGGAGUCAUUGAGGAGGAAUUCACCAUGGCCCGGCUGUACAUCAGCAAGAUGAAGUCGGAGGUUAAAUCUCUGGUGAACCGCAGUAAACAGCUCGAGAGCGCCCAGAUGGACUCCAACAGGAAGAUGAAUGCCAGUGAGCGGGAGCUGGCAGCCUGCCAGCUGCUCAUCUCCCAGCAUGAAGCCAAGAUCAAAUCCCUGACAGACUACAUGCAGAACAUGGAGCAGAAGAGGAGGCAGCUGGAAGAGUCCCAAGACUCGCUCAGUGAAGAGCUGGCCAAGCUCCGAGCCCAGGAAAAAAUGCAUGAAGUCAGCUUCCAGGAUAAAGAAAAGGAACAUCUGACCCGGCUGCAGGAUGCUGAGGAAAUGAAGAAGGCGCUGGAGCAGCAGAUGGAGAGCCACCGGGAAGCUCAUCAGAAGCAGCUGUCCAGACUCCGAGAUGAAAUCGAGGAGAAGCAGAAAAUCAUCGAUGAGAUUCGGGAUUUGAAUCAGAAACUGCAACUGCAGCAGGAGAAGCUCAGUUCUGAUUAUAGCAAGCUGAAAAUAGAGGACCAAGAGAGAGAAAUGAAACUGGAAAAACUCUUAUUGCUCAAUGAUAAAAGAGAACAAGCCAGAGAGGACCUCAAAGGGCUGGAGGAGACAGUGUCUCGAGAGCUACAGACUCUGCACAACCUCCGUAAACUCUUCGUCCAGGAUCUGACCGCCCGGGUUAAAAAAAGUGUAGAGCUGGACAGCGACGAUGGAGGAGGCAGCGCUGCCCAGAAGCAGAAAAUUUCCUUCCUGGAGAAUAACCUGGAGCAGCUCACUAAGGUCCACAAACAGCUGGUCCGGGACAACGCAGACCUGCGCUGUGAGCUGCCCAAGCUGGAGAAGCGCCUGCGUGCCACAGCCGAGCGCGUCAAGGCACUGGAGAGUGCGCUGAAGGAGGCCAAGGAGAACGCCAUGCGGGACCGCAAGCGCUACCAGCAGGAGGUGGACCGCAUCAAGGAGGCUGUGCGAGCCAAGAACAUGGCCAGGAGGGCCCACUCGGCCCAGAUCGCCAAGCCCAUCCGCCCUGGACACUACCCAGCAUCGUCUCCAACGGCCGUCCACGCCAUCCGAGGGGGAGGAGGCAGCUCUUCAAACUCCACUCACUACCAGAAAUAAACACGAAAUAUGACUCUCCACGUAGCAUGUCAAGGACUACAUUAAUCACCAAUUCCUUUACUUUUUUUCCCUCCUACACAAUUCCAUUUUCUUUUACACUUGCUCACCCCAGCCAUCUGCAGUACACCAGUUUCAGAUAUUUGAGCUGUGUAGAGUUUCUGUGUACAGAUGUGUGCUUGGACUUUUCUCUUCCCGAGAAAUCUGAAGGGGGCGAUUACAGAAGAUCCACUUACUCCUGGGAUCUGUUGCUGUGGCCCCGGGCUCGGGGCAUUGGGUGGUCCCUGGGUGGUCCUUGGAGACUCCUUCUCUGCAGCCACGUCCCAGCAAAUACCAUUCCCUGGAGGGGAACAACCAAGUGCCGUGGAGGCAGCAGCUUCUGCUUCGCCGCCGCAACUGUCUGGUUUCCUGUAAAAUAAACACAUUACUUUAUAUUUUUAGGGAACACAAAA